AUGAGUUUCCAACAAUUCGGCGACUCUUUCCAGGGUCAGCAACCUGAGGAAUCCGGUGCUCCCGCCGCUCAGCCCCAGCAGCCCUCUAUGGGCCAACCCAUCGAAUCCCAACAGGGCCAGUUCCCUCCUACCCCUUCCGGCGCACCUGGAUCUGCACCUGGUCCUGGCUCCCAGUCUGGCGGCGAGCCCAAGACCACUUUGUGGUAUGUUGAAUCGUUGAGACGAACAACGCGUGAGCAUCAGCUAAGACAAGAUACAGGANUGGGUGAGCUUGAGCCCUGGAUCGACGAGAACUUCGUCAGAAGCGUCUGGUUCGGCAUGGGCUACCAGGUUAACGUCAAGAUGAUCCGCGACAAAUUCUCCGNNGGUGAAAGUAAUGCUGGAUACUGCUUCGUCGACUUUGAAUCCNCCGACGCUGCCACCAAGGCUCUCCAGCUCAACGGCACUCUCAUCCCCAACUCAAACCGCCCCUUCAAGCUCAACUGGGCUUCUGGUGGUGGUCUUGCUGACCGCAGCCGUGACGACCGUGGUCCCGAGUACUCCAUCUUCGUUGGCGAUCUCGGUCCCGAGGUUAACGAAUACGUCCUCGUCAGCAUCUUCCAGAACCGCUUCCCCAGCUGCAAGUCGGCCAAGAUCAUGUCGGAUCCUAUCAGCGGCCUUUCUCGCGGUUAUGGCUUCGUCCGCUUCUCUGAUGAGGCAGACCAACAGCGUGCCCUUACUGAGAUGCAGGGCGUUUACUGCGGCAACAGACCCAUGCGCAUCAGCACUGCUACCCCCAAGAACAAGAACCAGCACGCCGGUCCUGGUGGCAUGGGUGGUAUGCCCGGUGGUCCUGUUGGCAUGUACGGCAUGGGUGCCCCUCCUCUUGGUUUCUACGGUGCUCCUCAGCCAAUGAACCAGUUCACUGACCCCAACAACACCACCGUUUUCGUUGGCGGUCUUAGUGGUUACGUCACCGAGGACGAGCUCCGCUCCUUCUUCCAGGGCUUUGGUGAAAUUACAUACGUCAAGAUCCCUCCCGGCAAGGGUUGCGGUUUCGUCCAGUUCGUUCAGCGCCACGCUGCUGAGAUGGCCAUCAACCAGAUGCAGGGCUACCCCAUCGGUAACUCGCGUGUCCGCCUCAGCUGGGGUCGCAGCCAGAACAACUCUGGCCCUGCCGGCACUCCUUACCGCCCUGCUCCCNCACCACCAGUCUACCCUUCCAUGGGCAUGCCUCCUCAACACCCUUACGGUGGCUUCGCCCCCAUGAAAGUGAGUGGACAGCAACAACAGCAGCAGCAGUUCUGGUCCCCAGAUGCCUCUAACCAUCAACAGUAA